AUGUCACCGGCCAUUGGCAGGUACAUCGAUAAGUCUGCUGAGGAGCUGGAUGAGGAGGUGGAGUACGAUAUAGACGAGGAAGACUACAUCUGGCUGGACAUCAUGAAUGACAAGCGGCGCGCUGACGGGGUGGUGCCCAUCCCUCAGGAGGUCUUUGAGUACCUGAUGGAUCGCCUGGAGAAGGAGUCCUACUUUGAGAGUCACAACAAGGGUGACCCCAGCUCUCUGAUCGAUGAAGAUGCCGUGUGCUGCAUCUGUAACGACGGUGAGUGUCAGAACAGCAACGUCAUCCUGUUUUGUGACAUGUGUAACCUGGCAGUGCAUCAGGAGUGCUACGGCGUUCCCUAG